CCAACUGACGCUGACCCCCAUUCCUCCCAAAGUUCUUUCAGACAUGGUGAAGGAGGAACUCAUUUUGGUGAAUUUCUGGUCAAGUCCCUUUGGGUGCAGAGUCAAAAUUGCUUUGGAAGAGAAGGGAAUUCCUUACGAAUACAAAGAAGAGGAUCUGUUCAACAAAUCCCCUCUUCUCUCUACAAUCAAUCCUGUUUAUAACAAAGUUCCAGUACUCGUUCAUAAUGGAAAAUCCGUAUGUGAAUCACUAAACAUAGUGGAGUACAUCGACGAGGUUUGGAGCGAUCGAUCAGCUUCCUUCCUUCCUUCCGAUCCAUAUGAGAGAUCACAAGCUCGAUUUUGGGCUGAUUUCAUCGACAAAGAGCUAUAUGAAGCAAGCAGGAAGAUAUAUCGAUGCAAAGGGGAAGAACAAGAGAGUGGCAAGAAAAAUGUGCUAAGAAUCUUGAAAUUAGUUGAAGGGGAACUUGGAAACAAACCCUUUUUUGGUGGUGACAAUUUAGGGUUUGUUGACAUAUCACUUAUACCAUUUUAUAGUAGAUUUUAUACAUGGGAAACUUUUGGUAAAUUUAGCAUUGAAGAAGAGUGUCCGAUUUUAGUUUCAUGGGCCAAAAGGUGUUCAGAAAAGGAAAGUGUGGCAAAGUCUCUUGAUGAUCCAAUCAAGAUUUACGACUUCAUUGUGUAUCUCAAUAAUUAUCUCACAAAGUAAAUGUUUGGUGGUUUUUGUGUAUGUUUUUAGUAACCCCUCUGGGCGAUGGGUUAGUGAUUUCUAAAAUGGAAAUGUAUUUUUAUGUUUUGUCAAAUAAAGGCAUGUACUUUCAUGUGCACAAUAUAAGUUGGUUUCUUUGAAAGACUAAUGUGUCUUUUUUCUCCGUGUCCAUAAAUAGCAGCCGUAACGAAUCACCGAUGUGCAAAAAAAUCUCCUCUUUUUUUCUUGUAAAACAAUAGCCAACAAAAAAUUGGUUAAACAAAUGUCAAAGUGUUUUAAAAUUAAAGAUAAGGC